AUGUCAGCCACGCUUUUCAGUCAAGGAGCCAUAGUAAUCAUGCUUGUACUACUGUUCUACAUGUUUGUGGGAUCAGUACUAGAAAAAUAUCAUUGUAAAAUAGGCCAUGAAGCAGGAUUGGUGAUCAUUUUCGGAAUGCUGCUUUCAUUUUUGACAUUUCAAACAGGCCAUGAAGAUUUCAAUAAGCUAGUGACCUUCGAUGACAACUUAUUCUUUUAUUUCUGUCUUCCACCCAUCGUGUUCGCCUCAGGAUACAAUAUGAAGAGAAGGAUGUUCUUUAGGAACUUUACUAAUAUUCUCCUAUUCGGACUAUUCGGUACUCUAAUUACUUUCUCUGCAUUUUCCAUUAUGACCUACAUUGUUUGCGAAUUUGAUAUAUUAUGGAAAUAUAAUGGUCAUACCGGAGAGUAUGAGCAAUUCACUCUUUCUAUCAUGGAGAUUUUAUUGAUGUGCUCAUUGUUGUGUUGCACUGAUGUAGUAGCUGCUAUAUCAAUCAUAAAGUAUGAUGAACAGCCAAAGCUAUUCAGUCUUGUGUUCGGUGAGGGUAUCACCAAUGAUGCAGUGUGCAUUAUUUUAUUUAACACCGUUAUGGAGUACGCAGGACCUAACAGCGAAUUUACUACCUCAACGCCAUUUAAGAUUGUUGGAAGUUUUAUAAAUUUGAGUUUCUUUUCUAUACUAGUGGGUAUAGUAACCGGCAUUAUUAGCUCUAUUGUGACUAAGAAUUUCAGAUUUUUGACUGUUAAGCCAGUAGUUGAAUGCACACUAAUUUUUAGUUUUGGGUAUCUUUCUUAUUGUGUAGCAGAACUCUUCCAUUUUUCAGGAAUUAUUUCACUUUUAGCCUCCUCAAUCCUAAUGGCUAAGUACUCUUGGUACAAUCUUUCGCCUCAAUCAAAGCAAGUUACAUCAAUUGCCUUUAAUGUGAUCGGAUAUGCUGUUGAAGCCUUUGUAUUUGGAUAUCUUGGUCUAACUUUCUUCUCAUAUGUUGCUUAUGAAUGGUCUUGGUAGUUGUUUAUUGCAGAGCUUAUAAUCGUUAUCUCUGGUAGAUUUAUGGGAACUAUUGGAAUCAUAAAAUUCCUAGAAAUGUUCGGCUAUAAAUCAGGGAUCAGAUUUAAGGAUUUAAUAUUUAUAUCCUACGCUGGAAUGAUUAGAGGAGCCGUAGCAUUCGGUCUUGUACUUAGAAUUAAUCACGAAGUUGCUAACAGAUCAGUUAUUGUUACCACUUCACUAGCUUUAGUCGUGUUUACAACAGUCGUAAUGGGAUCUACAGUAGCUACUGUCUAAUAUUGUCUUUUUGGAAAAGAAAUGGCAGAGGCUGCAAAAGCUGCAAAGGAAGGCAAGCCUCAUUUGGCUCAUGACGAAAGUCAUCACGAAAUUGUAGAGCAUCCCAAUGUUGAAGAUGUGAAUGGUGAGGGAGCAACUCCAGCUGCAGGUGAUCAGCCUAAAAAGAAGCAAGGAUGUGCUUAAAUCAUGAGAAGAUUAGAUCUUAUGAUCAUUAAGCCUCUUCUUAUCUAUAACUAUGAAAAAGGUACACAUAAGAAGCAAAAGAUAUUCAAUGAGCUUUUAAUGCUUGAAGGAGAAAAACUAGAGGAAAUCUUCACCAAUAAAGAGAAUGAAAAUAAGGAUAUUAGAAAAUCCUAACUUUUGGAGUACCUUAAUGCCAAGCAAAGAAAAAGUGAGGUCGGAAACAGAAGUUUCAAUAGAGACGAUCCCGAAAAGUCAGAAAGACUAGACAGUGAUAGGUCAGGUCAAAUUGAAAUGUAAGCAAAGCCCACCUCCAUUAAAGGUCUCGAUGUUCCAUAUCAAAGUCUUUACAAGGAGACACCGAAACAAGACGGAGCUUCCUACCCUCUUUUAGAUAUCAAAAAUAAUCCUUAUUGA